AUUAAAAUAUAUAGAGCAUUAGUAGGCUGAGCAGUAAUUAAUCUGCUUUGCAAAAGGAAUAUAGUAGUGUUGUGUCCAAAUAUAAAUAUUUUUGGCCAGUCUGUGGCUGCUGUUUGUAUUUCCAUUGGAUUGCUGCCGCGGUGUGACAGUUUUGUGUUUAUUGUAGUCAGCGUCUGAUGUGGAAGUAACUCGUACCUGCUCAUUGGUAGUCCAGACAAAUUCAAGCUAAUCGUGUGAAAUUUCUUGAAGAUAUCUUUAACAGUUUGUGCUAGAGGAUUUCUAUUAAUGUGAUUGGUGCAAUUCUGUGGAUUCAAAGGUAGCCACUGAACAAAAUGUCCAGCUUCUGACAGUCAGCUGAUCAGGUCAGUCUAACUGUCUGUGACAAUGGGGACAGUUAGGGAUUUGCACGAUUUCCUGGAGGAGGCAGAGCUUCUUCACUACUACAGCGCCCUCUGUAAUCAGCUGAGGAUCAACACCGUACCUCAACUCAAGUAUGUGGAGGAGGAGGACCUCGCAGGAAUCGGCAUGUCAAAGCCCGAAAUGAGGCGCCUCAAGAAAAUGUAUAAAAAAGAAUGUCCACACGGAGCUCUCGGGAAAAUCAAAAAGGCUAAAGACGCAGUAAGACGCGCCUCCAUACGACUUACUGGAGGGAGUACUCUAGAUUUAUCAAAGGAUCCAGAGGCCAUUCUAACUCGGUCUGAUGGACCAAAUCGCACCCUCAGUCCCUCCCCCCCAGAACAGAGGUCACGACCCACAUCAUACAUCGUAUCACCAGGGAGACAGAUCAUCCCAGCGGAGGCAAUCCACAUCAAUAAAACUCUUGGAGAGGGGGAGUUUGGGGUUGUACAGCAAGGAGUCUGGACAACAGAGAGAGGCGAGAAGGUCCAGGUGGCAUUAAAAUGUCUAAGUAAGGAUCGUAUGGAGAAUGGGACCCAGGAAUUCCUGAAAGAGGCAGCCAUUAUGCAGACCAUUGAUCAUGAGAACAUUUGUGCAAUGUUUGGGGUGGUCAUUGAUAAAGAUGACACUCUCAUUUUGGUGACUGAAUUAGCUCCUAUGAGAUCACUCCUUGAGUGUUUAAAAGAACCAACUCUUAGAUUAGACUUUCCCUUAUCCAGAUUGUGUGAUUUUGCUCAACAAAUUUGUGAUGGAAUGAGUUAUUUGGAAAGUAAACGCCUUAUUCAUAGGGAUUUAGCAGCUAGGAAUAUUCUGGUGUUCAGUAAACACAAAGUGAAAAUAAGUGACUUUGGAUUAUCUCGAGCCUUAGGUAGAGGGAAAGACUACUACCAAAGCAAAUACAGUAUUAAUCUCAAACUGCCCAUUGCAUGGUGUGCCCCUGAGUGUAUAAAUUACCUGAAGUUCACAUCAGCCAGUGAUGUUUGGGCUUAUGGAGUCACACUAUGGGAAAUGUUCACAUAUGGAUUUCAACCAUGGGCAGGACUAAAUGGGCAAGAGAUCCUUGAGGCAAUAGACACACCUAACUCCCAGCGGCUAGAGUGCCCUGACCUUUGCCCUAAGGACUUCUAUGAUCUCAUGCUGAAGUGUUGGUAUCACGACCCUCAGAAGCGACCUACUUUUGGUGAAAUCAGCAUCCUGCUUCCUCAGAUGAGACCCAUCACAAUGAAGGCUUCCAGGGAGUUCCCUGAAGUCACAGUGCCAAAAGAUUAUCUCUACUAUAAAGCUAAUGAUGUGGUCUAUGUCAUUGACAAAAACACAUCAAACAGUCCUGCACCUGGGUUAUGGAAAGGUGUUUUAAGCAAUGGAAAAUCAGGUUAUUUUGAUCCAGUCAAUUUUGUCCCCUUCAUAGAAACCCGAGCUAGUCCAGCCAGCCCCUCCACUAGAACACAACUAACACGCAAAGAGUCCAAGAGAAACUCCAAAGCCAAAUUAUUGAGUGCCGCCAUGAUUAGUGGGCCUCAGAAUGACCUUCGACACACGGGUCACAUAGGUUAUGAUGGAGCUGUAUUUGGAGAUGUCUCAUUUAUAGGAGAUAACUAUGACAAACUGCCGCUCAAAGUCUCAAGCACAGGGAAACUAAAUGAAAUUCAUAGAAUCAGCCCUGAUAAGGAUGGCACGAUGAACGGACAUCUAGGAUCAGGCCACUCUUGCAUAGAGAAAGAGAAAACGAUAAGCCAGGAAUCGAUAGACAGUACAUUUGCACUCAAAAGUGAUGAAAACCCCAACAAGAACUUAGAGUACACGGAUAUUGAUGAUGAUUCAAUUUUUGCUGAUUUCAAAAUGCCAGAUAUAUCAAGUUCAUUUGACUUUGGACCUUCAUUCAUGGAUGAAGUUCUAAAAGCCUUGAAUGAAAAAGAGGCCAAGUUGGAAUCCCCAGAUAAAGAGACGACCCCUCUACAGGGGAGUCCCAGGCCUGAGUGGGAGGACACGCGGGAGAAGAAACAAUCCCCGCCCCCUCUACCUACAAUGCCCCCCAGGAUGGACACAAAACGUGAGACCCCUAAGCCUGAGCCCCGGAAACAAGCUAAGGUCAAACCAAUGUCAUCUGCGGAUGAAAAACGAAUGGAAAGUGCAAUAGCAAUGGCUAAUGAAUUCGCUGCACACAGCACCAAAUGUCACAUGAUCGAUGCACAAAGCCCUCCCACUUCUCCUAUCAGUGACAAAAACAUUUUCGACUCUGAAAGUUCUGAAUCUCCUAAACUUAUGAAGAAAUUAAAGAACUCCAUUAAAAGGAGUCCAAAAGUAGAAAGAAAAAGAACAUUUUCUGAGGAAAUGUCUAAUAAAACUGACUUAGAAGAGGAUGUUCCUCCAGAAGCCCAAGAAGCUUAUAAUAUGUUAGUGGUAAGAGGUUCCAUGAAAGACACUUCAAAGUCUGAGGAGCGAUCACAGGACAGAGAAUUUCGAAAUGAUAGGGGAAGUGAAUGUGAGGGCCGGUUGACACAGGAUAGCUAUGGGUUACAAAGGUCAAGUCCAACCAGACAGGACAGUUACCCUUCCAGUACCUCACAACAGGAAAGCUGGAGGUCCCAUCCUGAUCCUGUCUCCAGACAAGACAGCUGGAAUAACAGAGAAAGUCCAGCUCGCCAAGACAGCUGGAGCAUGAAGAGAGAAAGUCCAGCUAGACAGGACAGCUGGAGUGUAAAAAGAGAUAGUCCAGCCAGACAGGAUAGUUGGAGAAACAGGUCUGAGAAGACUUCAGUACCCCUGGCUAAUACUGCAGAGGUGUUCUUAGACUCUCAGCUGGAAGAACCAGUCCGACCAAUCCCUAAACCCAGGAGUGACAGGUCCGAAAUUCCUGUUCCUGCUCCCAAACCUAGAGCAGAAAUUAUCCAGAGGGUGGAACCCGUUCAGCGUCCUCAGAGACCUCCACCCUCUAUUCCAAAGUCCAUGGACUAUGACCUUAAAGUGGACUUACCUGCUGAAAAAGUUAAUGGUGUAAACAACAGAUUUAGCACAACUAGUGACCAUAACUCCACAGCAAGUUCCGAAAAUGAUGACACUAAAAACCAGAUAGAGGUGUUAAGAAUUGAUUUACCUGAUUCUAGUGAAGUGAGAAAAGAUAAUAUCUCAGACACAUCCUCUAAAGACUCACAACAAGAGGAAACAACAAAACCUGAGCCAACUCAUAAAGAUUCAUUUAAAAACGAUUUGUUAUGGAGUGAAGAUUUCAGUGAACCAUCACCUCGAGAAAUCAUGUCAAAACUGGCCAGAGAGAGCAGAAUACGCAGAUCCCUUGAUCACCAGAGAGGGGCCUUGGGAGAUGGGCUUGACUCUGGUCCAUCAAGAAAUAUUCGAGAACCACAAGGAAUACCAGGCAAAGGAAUAGGUGCACCAACCAAUGAGGAUGAGGAGGUGGAUACUAACCCCUUACGAAUGUUAAGAGGUGGUGCAAUCCCAACAGUCCGCGGAGGGCGGGUUGGACAAGGUACGGUUUCUAAUGUUUCUUCUGUUCCUCCUAAAUUACGUGUAAAACUCCCCGCCCUGCACCAUUCGCUCAGUGUUGACUCUGGGACUAAUCGUGUUGAGCAUGUGAAUGAGGGUGACAAUUCCAGUUGUGGAAAUGAUAAUAACCUUAACAAACGGUCCUUAAACAAACCCCCUGCUGUUCCACCUAGAUCCUACAGCAUCAGUGAUGCUAAUUGUCAUAGGAACCCUGUUCCAUUGCCUCCACGAAAGCCAAUUAGAAAAUCAACGAUAAACGCACCACCUCGGGAACGAAAGUACCCUCUGUUGCCUAACGAUGACCCAGGUCACACUACUAGCUGUUCGUCGAAUGUUGCAUGGUCGUCCACCCAAAAUACCCAGACCAAGCAUGACUGUGAUGUAGAUUCCUCCGCUCCCCCACCACUAUUACCCAGAUCUAAAAGUAUUAACGCGGACAAAAACAAUAGCGAGGAGGAUGAAGACGACGACAGUGUAUUCAUCACUGACGACGACGCCCCUCAGACAAAUUUCAUAAAUCAUUCUAAUUCAUUUCAUAAUAAAUCCACUCAUCCUCCUCCAUUAGGACACGUGAAAGGUCCAACUUCAUUAGAUUUAGAUAAAUAUUCAGACAAUAAAUUACAAAACGGUUCAAGUAUGACCAACAAAGCAGCCACUUUUCCUAGAGGCAAAUUUCGACUCCAAAACGUAAAUUGUAAUUUAGAGCAGUUAGGCUUUUAUAACCGUCCUGAUCCUUUCUGGGAUAAGUCUCUUGUGGUGGCAGGUCGUAAUUAUUCUGACCCUCUGGGGAGCUCUGAGGAAGUCUCGCCACUAAUGCUUGCAAACUACAAAACGAGUGACGGUGUUAGUUACGAAGACUUGCUUGAUUUUGCAUUAGAUAGGGAGAAGAACAGCCCGGAGAUAGAGACAUUGCUUAAAGUAUUCUGUAAUGAAGUGAGUGUCCAGGACUGUACAGCAGCCCUUAAGGAUACAGGGUGGGACCUUCUUAUGGCCAUCAAAUACAUCAAGCUCAAACAAUUGCUGAGCCUAGACCUGGGGGACAUUAACCAUUGUAAGGAAGCCCUGAUAUCAUGUGACUGGGAUGUACCCAGAGCAGUGGACUAUGUUUUCUCCCAGGGCCCACCCAGUCCCGAGUGUGUGGACGUAUAGGACAAUACUCACAAACUCGACAAGGGCUCUCACCAGCCUGAUCUCCUGAGUACACUCACUCAACACAUUGUUACAGAGUAUCAUCUGUGUAAAUUAAUACUCAUUGAUCUAAUGUGAUGUGUAUACUUCCAUUUUUACAUCUACAUUGAGAAUUAACCACACGUGUACCUGCUGAUAGAUUUUGAGGCAUUUUCUGCAGCUGUCCACUGCUUAACUUGGUUGUGUGCUUUAUAUUCUGAAACAUUAUUUAUUAUUUACACAUUAACACAAUUUUAUGGUGAAAAAAAGAAUGUUGCAUUUCAUCCAUCUUUUGCCAUUUAUAAUGACAUGCAUGUUUUUGUAGAAUUUUUUUGUGAGAGGUAAAGGAAUCACUGCUUGCCUUUUCAUUUAUGUACUUCCUAAACAUCAGAAAGAAUCUGUGUGAAACCGGUAUGAGAUGCUCAAUAUUGAGUUAAGUUGCUAAAAGUCGCAAAAUGUUCAUUUUUAACCAUUGGUUUUUGUCAUCAUGCAAUUUUUUCUUGAAAUUUUCUGCUGCUGAAAAAAAAACAACUCAGCAAUCAGUCAUUCUUUACAUAACUUGCCAGUAUGAUUAACUGUUGAUUGUAUAAGUAUAAUAUUGUUUUAUUUGUAUUUAUUCUGUAUAAUUAUACCAUUGUUAAUAGAAGUAGCAUAAUAAACCAGAUAGAUUUAUUACUUGGAUACUACUUACUAUCAUGUUAUUUACAGUAUUAUCACUAUCAAAUAUAUACCACAAUGGUAACAAUAACUAUCAGUAUGUGUCAAAAAAUAUGUUAAAUAUUGGAUUUGAAAAAAAUCUGACCCUUGGCCAAUGUGUUAGUGCUCUAUUAGAAAAAAAUAUAUUGCUAAAUUGUACAUGUAUAUAAUAUGUGUAUAGUAUGUAUAAUUUUAUGUAAAGUUUAUGCUAAUAUGUGCAAUAUCUUGAGCUAGUUCAUUCAUUUGAUGUAACUUUGUGCUUUGUCUAUAUUGAGUUGGUGCCUAUUCGCAGUAUGCAAUCAUUGUCUUGUCGUGCCAUAUAGGUUCAAUAUCAUGUACUUCCCCAUUCACGUGUUUCAUUUCCUUGUUCAGAAAUUGUGUUAGCUCUUAGUAACUUGUCAACUGAAGGAAUAAUAAAUAUGAAAAUUGUUUAUAAUGAUAGAA